GAGGCGGGCCUCCGGGCGCCCGCGCGGCGGCGGAGCAGCGGGCCUGCCGCCGGCGGCCGGGGCCAGCGGGGCCCGCCCGGGCGGGCCGGGGCGGAGCCGGCCGAGUGGUGCAGAGCCAGGUUCCACGGCCAGCCCUGCAUGGGCGCGGCAUCCCGGCAGCCUGCCGUCGGCAGCACGCUCCUGCCCGCAG